AUGGCAAUAAUAAUUUUGUUGUUAUUAUUCCUUUCAGUUUCAUCAUUCAUAACAAUUGAUUCAGGAUCCUAUAUUGAUCUAAAUUAUACAUUGGGUUUCCCUUGUUAAAAUAAUUACUAGACAACUAGAACCAUUACAUUUUCAAACACAUUUCAGAAUAUACCUUAAGUUUUUAUUUAUGCAUACUAACUUGAUGUUCCUAAUGAUGUGACUGAAUUUUAAUUUUCAAUAGCCAGCAUUAAAAAUACUAGUAAGCUUCUAUUUCUUAAAUUAGAUUUUUAAUUCACUGUGAAAUGUACCAAAGCUGUUAGAGUAUAUUCUGUCAGAUAUGAAUGGAUAGCAAUAGAUGAUAAACGAGUUUAGGUGAUUAAUUCAUUUAAUAUGAAUCCCCCAGAGGAUAAAGUAUUUAAUCAUGAAUUACUCAAUGUUGAUACUGCAGUAAUAGGGAUAACAAGUUUGGCAAUUAUUGGAUAAAUCGACUUUAAGUUAUCUGUAAAUAUUGUUUUUUUAAUCUUAGAUAACAUAGUUAACCCCAACCAGUGUUUCAGUUGAAAUAACAAAAGUGACAGGAAAGUUUCAAAAUUUGAUACAAAUAGGUUACCAAAUCCUAUUAGUAUCUUCUAGAGAUAUCAUCAAUAAAGGACUAGUUACUUUCUCACCUGAUUAUACUAGUCCUGCAAUGAAUUCAGAACAAAAUAAAUGGUUAAUAUUACCUAUUAAGGAAUAUAAUUUAAUUAUGCCUGCCAAUUAACAAUACGAAUGUCGAAAAAUAUAGGAGCAUCAACAACUACAUUUAGUUUUAAAAAGUGUAAGAAUUCUUAUUGAAAAUAGGGAAUAGUGCUGCUGGUUCAUUCCAGAUUACGAUUUAAAAUAUGUGGUUGUCAUAAUUAUUUGCAGUAAAUUAAGCACUUUAAUGCAAAACAUUAAGAAUAAGUUAAAAAUUAGAUUUUUCAUAAUGUUUAAGACCGUAAUUUGAAAUCUAAAUACUUCAAUCAAAUUUAAUAUAUAAUGAAAUUGGACAAUUUACAACUAAGGUCUUUAAACCAAUAACAAAUAUUGAUUUCGUUCUGUUAGUAAAUUGUUUAACAGGAAAACAUGUAGUCUCUUAAUUUAAUAAAUGCAAUGCUUGUCCCAUACAAAAAUAUUAUUAAUUUAAUCACUAUUGUCACUCAUAAAUCAAUUUAAUAAGCUAUUUUCCUAAGUUUACCUAAGUAGAUUCAGUUAAUUAAGAGUUCACCAUCACAAUAACAAGUUCAAGUUGUUAAGUUAAGUAGAUACUUUAUAAUUAAGUGA